GCUGCCCCAGGCACAUCCAGAGGAAUUUGGAGCCGUACCGGUACGCCUCGGCCGGGACCCCCAGAACCUGGAUGGCUGACAUGAAACUGGCAGAGAGCGAGAGCCCCACGGGCAGCGCCGACAUCUGCCUCCCCCCCGUGAAAAAAUCAUCCGAGGUUUUUUGGCCGCCUUUGGCCAAGCCGUGGAAGAGCCCGAUGGCGGUGGAGAUGAGGAGCAUCAGCCCGAAAACCCCGUAAUCCCAGAGGCUGAAGCCCAAGCACCCCGAGGUGGGGGCACAGCCCUGCGGGGAGGGGGGGUCCCGCUCCCCCAGCCCGGAGCACACCGCUGCAGCCCCCAGCAUGGCCCCGCUGGGCGAGGAGACGCCGCUGAUCCGGGAGCGUUCCUGCAGCCUCUCCUCUGCCGAGGCUCCCAGCCUCCAGGUGCUCCUGUACCACCCGGCAGCCCCCCCCCAGCACCCCCCGGACACCCCCACCCUCCUCACCUUCACCUUCGGGGAGUACACGGCCGAGGAGCUCUGUGUCCACGCUGCCAAAGCCUGUGGGGUGUCACCCAUCUGUCACCCUCUCUUCGCCCUGGCCACCGAGGAUCUCAGCUGCUGGUUCCCCCCCAGCCACCUCUUCACCCCGGACACCCACCCCCAGGUGCUGCUCUACAGGAUCAGGUUCUUCUUCCCCAACUGGUGUGGACUGGUCCGGUCCCACCGUUUCCAGUUGCCCAAUGACCAGGCCAGCCCCAUCCUGGACUGUCAGGUCCUCGAUUACCUCUUUGCCCAGUCCCGCAGUGAUUUCAUCAGGGGGGGGGUGGCAGUGCCACUGUCCCUGCCCAGCCAGGAGCAGUGUCUGAGCCUGGCCCUGCUGGACAUGCUGCGCCUGGCCCACGAGCAGAGCUGGAGUCCCCAGGAGGUCCUCAGCUAUGUCAGCUACAAGUCCUGCCUCCCGGUACCGCUGCGGUCCUGGAUCCAGCAGCGCAGUUUCCUGACCCGUAAGCGGUUGCGGCGCCGGUUCGGAACCUCCUUGCGACGGUUGGCUCGAUGCCAGGCGGAUGGGCGGGCCCUGAAGCUCAAAUACCUCCUGGACCUGGAGCGGCUGGCCCGGAGCUGGGCCCAGGAGAACUUCCAGGGGCGGUCACCCGGUUCCGGUACCGCCAUCUCCAUCCAGGUGGCCGGGGAGAGCGGAGUCUCCUGGAGCUGCGGUGGCUCUGAGGGCCACCAACACUUCUGUGACUUCCCUGACAUCACUGACAUCACCAUCAAGCAGAGCAGCGCCCGGGAGGGGGGCUCGGCAGAGACCCGCGUGGUCACCAUCACCAAAACAGACAACAGGGUGCUGGAGGUGGAGUUCCCCUCCCUGCGGGACGCCCGCUCCUUGGUGGCUCUGCUGGACGGGUACCACCGCCUGACUGCAGCCCCCCAGCACUACUUCUGCAGGGAGGUGGCCCCCCCCCGCCUGCUGGAGGACCUGGAGAACCAGUGCCACGGCCCCAUCAGUGCUGAGUUUGCAGUGAAGAAGCUGAAGGCAGCGGGGGGGCAGCCGGGGCUCUACCUCCUGCGCCGCAGCCCCCAGGACUUUGACAGCUUCUUGGUGACAGUCUGUGUCCAGACCCGCUCUGGCCCAGACUUCAAGCAGUGCCAGAUCCACCGGGAUGCUGCGGGGGGGUUCUGGCUCUUGGGGGUGUCUCAGGGGUUCUGCAGCCUGCGGGAGGUGCUGGACACCUACAGACACCAGGGGCUGCAGGCUGAGGGGACCCCCCUGCACCUGGCCACCUGCUGUGUCCCCCAGCCCAGAGACAGGUCCAACCUCCUGAUCAUCCGCAGCGGCUGCCCCCGGCCCCCCCCCUCCCCCGCUGCCCCUCACCGCAGCCUCACGCAGAUGAUGUUCCACAAGAUCGACCCCCAGAGCCUCACCUGGGGUGAGAGCCUUGCCCAGGGCUCCUUCACCCGCAUCUACAAAGGCAUCAGGAGGGACCAGGAGCAGGAUGGGGCCCACCAGACCCCCGUGGUGCUCAAGGUCAUGGACAGCACCCACCAGAACUGUGCCGAGUCCUUCCUGGAGGCAGCCAGCAUCAUGAGCCAGCUCUCCCACAAGCACCUGGUCCUGCUGCACGGUGUCAGCCUGGGGAAGGACAGUAUCAUGGUGCAGGAGUAUGUCAGGUACGGGCCCCUGGACCUCUACCUGAAGAAGAAGCAAGGUGAGGGCAAGGUGACCACCAGCUGGAAGCUGCAGGUGGCCAAGCAGCUGGCCUAUGCCCUCAACUACCUGGAGGACAGGAAAAUCACCCAUGGCAACGUCUCAGCUAAGAAGGUGCUGCUGACCCGGGAGGGGGACAGUGCCAGCCCCCCCUUCAUCAAACUCAACGACCCGGGGGUCAGCGUCACCGUCCUGGCCCAGGACAUGCUGGUGGAACGCAUCCCCUGGGUGGCCCCCGAGUGCCUGAGGGAUCCCCAGAGCCUGGCACUGCCAGCUGACAAGUGGAGCUUUGGGGCCACCCUCUGGGAGAUCUUCAGUGGGGGCAACAUGCCCCUCAGCCUGCUGCAGCCCCAGGAGAAACUGGAUUUUUACCGGAGCCAGCGGCAGCUCCCGGUGCCUCGCUGGCCAGAACUGGCCACACUGGUUGCCCAGUGCAUGGAUUACGAGCCUGGACACCGGCCCUGCUUCCGCGCCCUCCUCCGGGACCUCAACAGCCUCAUCAGCUCCGAUUACGAGCUGCUCUCCGACCUCUCCCCCCCCGAGCUGAGGCUGCGGAAUUGCUUCUGGGGCUACGAGCCCCUCGCCCCCUCCCAGGGCCCCCAACACUUCGAGGAGAGGCACCUCAAGUACAUCUCGCUGCUGGGCAAGGGGAAUUUCGGGAGCGUGGAGCUGUGUCGCUACGAUCCCCUGGGUGACAGCACGGGGGAGCUGGUGGCCGUGAAGCGGCUGCAGCAGGAUUCUGCCCAGGAGCUGCGGGAUUUCCAGAGGGAAAUCCAGAUCCUGCACUCCCUGCACCACGAGUUCAUCGUCCGGUACCGGGGGGUCUGCUCCAGCCGGGGGAGUCGUGGGCUACGGCUGGUGAUGGAAUACUUGCCCAAGGGUUGCCUGCGGGACUACCUGCAGAAGAACCGGUCCCGUUUGGACCGGGACACCCUGCUCCUCUACGCCUGGCAGAUCUGCAAGGGCAUGGAAUACCUGGGGGGGCAGCGCUGCGUGCACAGGGACCUGGCCAGCAGGAACAUCCUAGUGGAGAGCCAGAGCCACGUCAAGAUUGGGGACUUCGGGCUGGCCAAGCUGCUGCCCCAGGACAAGGAGUACUACGUGGUGAGGGAGCCCGGGCAGAGCCCCAUCUUCUGGUAUGCACCCGAGUCCCUGGCAGACAACGUUUUCUCCCGGGCAUCUGACAUCUGGAGUUUUGGGGUCCUCCUCUAUGAGCUCUUCACCUAUGGCAGCAAAAGCAGGAGCCCCUCGGAGGAGUUCCUCCACAUGAUGGGCACGGAGAAGCCAGCACAGAUCAUCUGCCACUUGCUGGAGCUCCUCAGGGACAACCAGAGGCUCCCAGCUCCACCCGGCUGCCCCGGGGAGGUCUACACCCUGAUGCUGAGCUGCUGGGCUUUCACCCCUGGCACCAGACCCACCUUUGGGGAGCUGCUCCCCAAAAUCGAGGCACUGCGGGACCACCAGAGCAGUGCCUGUGGGUAGCCCCCCCCCACACCGGGACCCCCAGCCCCCCCCCCCAGCACCAGCUUCAGUGAUUGCAGUGGCUGCAGGGGGAACACAGCCACCACUGCCACCCCCUGCAGUGUCACCCUGCUUGCCCCCGGCCAUCUCAGCCCUGCAGUCCCCUCCCCACUCUCUGCCCCCCCCUCUCCCCUCCCCCCGGGGUGGGAUUUGGCUAUUUUAUGCUCAAGUUUGGGAAAUUUCUCACCUGAGCUGAAUGAGAGGGGGACAGGGGGACAGAGGGGAGGGGGUAUCCACAAACCAACCCAGUGCAGGGGUCCCAAAGGGGUCCCCCAGGGUGCUGGCCCUGUCCCCACACCCAGGAGCACCAGGUUCAGCCCUCCCCGGACCAACCCCCUUCCCCAAGUCCCUUGUCCCACAGCCAGCUCAUCCCUGGGGGAUCCUCCCCUUGUCCCUCUGUCCCCCCCUUGUCCCUCUGUGCCCCUAUUGUUCCUCUGUC